AAUAUUCCUACGCAAUUGUGUGUUGCGUUUUGGCACUGGAGACUCUUCAGCCCUAUUUUCCAAACACAGCCAAAAGAUAAACCGACCCGAUAUUCCUAAUUCUGUGUGUUGCGUUUAGGCAUUGGGGACGACACUGAGAGAGUGAAUUGGCUCAAGACGGAAAAUUAUGGCACAUAGGUUAUUGAGAAAUGUGGAAGCCGAUGGUUGGGAACGCUCGGACUUCCCAAUCAUAUGCGAGUCGUGUCUCGGAGACAACCCCUACGUUCGAAUGGCUGCAGCUGUGGUCGACCUUAUAUAUUCUUGUGAUUGGUUCAAAAGGAGUGUAUUGUGUCAAUCCCUGGAAAUUUGCAGAGUUUCGAACACGUAUUUGCGGCACAGAUUUUUAAUCAGAGGACACACUGUUUAAAAUUUCUUCUGUCCACGGAUCUCAGCCUUAACUGUAUUUAUAGUUGUACACUUUUACUGCUAUCCUAGCCUCUUGCAGAUGUUAAAGAAGACAAAAGCAGAUUAUGAUAAAGAGUGCAAGAUUUGCACACGGCCGUUCACAGUUUUCAGAUGGAGGCCUGGUCGUGAUGCAAGACAUAAAAAAUCUGAGGUUUGCCAGACUUGCAGUAAGUUGAAAAAUGUUUGUCAAGUUUGUCUUUUGGAUCUCGAAUAUGGAUUGCCAGUUCAGGUUCGGGACACUGCUCUCAACGUCAAUUCGAAUGAAGCAAUUCCAAAGAGUGAUGUAAACAGGGAAUUCUUUGCAGAGGAGCAUGAUCGCAAGGCUAGAGCUGGUAUAGACUAUGAAUCUUCAUAUGGAAAGGUACGCUCAAACGAUACUAUUCUGAAGCUUCAGAGGACAACACCAUAUUACAAGAGAAACCGAGCACAUGUUUGCAGCUUCUACGUACGGGGUGAAUGCACAAGAGGUGCUGAGUGCCCUUAUCGGCAUGAAAUGCCCUUAACUGGGGAGUUGUCCCAACAAAAUAUUAAAGAUCGUUACUAUGGAGUGAAUGAUCCGGUGGCAUUGAAGCUACUAAACAAGGCAGGUGAAAUGCCUUCACUGGAACCCCCCGAGGAUGGGAGCAUUAAAACCCUUUAUGUGGGUGGGCUUGACGCAAGAAUCACUGAGCAGGACCUGAGGGAUCACUUCUACGCCCAUGGUGAAAUUGAGUCCGUAAGGAUGGUGCUGCAACGAGCUUGCGCUUUUGUAACCUACACGACAAGAGAAGGGGCAGAGAAAGCAGCUGAAGAACUCUCAAACAAGCUGGUUAUAAAGGGGCUGAGGCUGAAGCUGAUGUGGGGUAGACCGCAAGCACCAAAACCGGAGGCUGAUGGCUCAGACGAAGCAAGACAGCAGGCAGCAGUUGCACAUAGUGGGAUGUUGCCGAGAGCAGUUAUAUCCCAGCAGCAGAACCAACCACUUCAACCACCUGGCACUCAGGACCAACCCCCAGCAGUGCACUACUUUAAUAUUCCACCACCCCCACAGCAGGAGAGGACAUUUUACCCGUCGAUGGAUCCUCAAAGAAUGGGUGCCCUUAUUCCAUCUCAAGAAGGCACUUCUAGUGGGCCCACGGGGUCAGGUGAGAACAAAACCAGCACAGAGCAGCAGCAACCAGGGCAGCAAUAUGCCUUUAAAUCUCAAGGUCUCUUUCACCAGCCCUUUUAUCCACCAUUCGGGUAUAUUCCACCUCCACAUCCACAGUAUCAGCAAUACCCUCCACUUUAUCACUCUACAAUGCCCUCAGGGACACUGCCGCCACCGCUGCCGCCACCACCACCACCACCAGUGAUUCAGCAGUAUCAGAAUAACACACCGUCAGGGUCGUCACAACAGUGAUACAUACGGUCUUGUCAUAUCGCAGUCUUCUAACUGGCAUGUACUGAUUCAUUUUGUUUGAAGUCAUUAUAGUGUGUUUAAAAGAUCUUCUUUGCUUCUGUUUGUCUGCAAAUACCCUGGAGCUUAAUCUUAUAAUAUAAUGUUUGGCUUUUGUGCAUUUUAUGA